ACUAAACAAACUUCCGUCUAAUUGCAUAGAAAUGUGUUCCAUCUCGAAGAUUUUUGCCUUACAAGUUUCAGUGUUUCUACUGUUUGCUAUCGUCCUCCAUUCCCAAGCUUUUGCUCGUUAUAAAUUUGUGCUGGAAGAAACUCCAUAUACAAGACUAUGCAGCACAAAGAACAUCUUGACUGUGAAUGGGCAAUUUCCAGGACCAACGCUCUAUGUUACAAAAGGAAAAACAAUUAUUGUUGAUGUCUAUAACAUGGGCAACUACAAUGUCACUAUUCACUGGCAUGGAGUGAAACAGCCUAGGAAUCCAUGGUCAGAUGGUCCUGUAUAUGUAACACAAUGUCCAAUUAAACCAGGAGGAAAGUUUAGCCAAAAGGUUAUAUUUUCUACAGAAGAAGGGACUCUAUGGUGGCAUGCACAUAGUGAUUGGACAAGGGCAACUGUUCAUGGAGCUAUAGUUAUAUACCCUAAGAGAGGAAGUACCUACCCUUUUCCCAAGCCUCAUGCAGAAGUACCUAUCAUUCUAGGAGAUUGGUGGAAGCAAGGAAUAAUGGAGCUUUAUGAUGCAUUUCUGCAGUCAGGAGGAGACCCUAAUGUUUCUGAAGCUUACACUAUUAACGGUCAACCUGGUGAUCUUUAUCCGUGCUCAAAACAAGAAACAUUCAAGCUCAUGGUGGACUAUGGUAAAACUUAUCUUCUUCGAGUAAUCAACGCAGCAGUACAAGACAUUCUCUUCUUCUCCAUUGCAAAUCACAAUCUAAAAGUAGUAGCAACCGAUGCUAGCUACACAAAACCAUUAACAACUAAUUACAUCGCAAUAUCCCCUGGUCAAACCUUUGACAUCUUAUUACAUGCUAACCAACCGCCCAAUAACCUCUAUUACAUGGCCGCAAGAGUCUACUCCGCCGUAGAAGACCUCCCCAUCGAUAACACAACCACCACCGCAAUCAUCCAAUACAAUAAUAGAAACCAUACACCAAAUGCAAACCCAACUCCGUUAUUACCUAAUCUUCCUUAUUACAAUGACACAGCCGCUUCUUUCAAUUUCACUGCUAGUCUUAAAAGAUUAUCAGAUAAAAACAAUGACGUCCCUUUGAAAAUAAAUAAAGAAUUAUUUAUUACUGUCUCAAUUAAUACAUUUCCUUGUUUGAUUGAUUCAUGUUCUGGUCCAAAUGGAACAAGAUUAGCUGCUAGUUUAAACAACAUAAGCUUUGAAAACCCUAACUUGGAUGUGCUUGAAGCUUAUUAUUAUAAACAAAACGGUGCGUUUGGAACUAGAUUUCCAGAUCGGCCGCCAUUGUUGUUUAAUUUUACUGCUGAGGAUUUGCCCUUGUAUUUAGUGACUGCAAAGCCAAGCACAGAGGUGAAAGUAGUGGAGUAUAAUUCAACGGUUGAGAUUGUAUUUCAAGGGACUAAUGUGGCUGGAGGAGCUAGUGAUCAUCCAAUGCAUUUACAUGGAUUUAGUUUCUAUGUUGUUGGAAGUGGAUUUGGAAAUUUUGAUCAAGAAAAAGAUCCUUUAGGGUACAAUCUUGUGGAUCCUCCUCUUCAAAACACCAUUUCCGUACCUAUUAAUGGUUGGACUACUAUUAGAUUCAAGGCAGAUAAUCCUGGAGUGUGGUUCAUGCACUGCCAUUUAGAUCGGCACUUGUCGUGGGGAAUGGAUACGGUGUUUAUAGUGAAGGAAGGAAAAGAUCCAGAAGCGCAUAUGCUUCCUCCACCGCCUGACAUGCCGCCGUGUUGAUUCAUUUGCCACCGCCAGAAAAAGUAUUUCCCAUAUUGUGUUUGACUAUAUACCUAUUAUAUAGAAAGGCAAGUUUCAAAAAUAAGAUAUCUGUAUUGUAUUUGAAUCUGUAUUUCAAACGA